AUGUCCAAAUCCGCGACUGAAUUCAAGCAACGCGGUAAUGACUGUUUCAAAAAAGGGCAGUUUUCCAAAGCUGCUGAUUUAUACUCAAAGGCGGAGAAAUCCGACCAGAAGGACCCUGUCUACCCAUCCAAUCUCAGUGCGGCGCUCUACGAGGCAGGAGACUACUCGCCGUGCAUCGACGCCAUCCUUCGUGCAUGGAAGAUCCUGAAAGAUCGACCAGGUGAAAAGACAGCCCUCGUCGUAAAGCUCUCAACUCGGCUCGCGAAGGCGCUCUGCCAUGGUGCGAGCGCGAACCCGGUUUCGCUUGGAGAUAUCCGACGCAAAGAAAGCGAGAUCAAGGGCCUCCGGGAGACGAGGCUGGAAGGUCUAUCGUCCAACGCCAAUUCUGCCGCGAGUGACGAAUUAUCACGCGCAUGGCAGGCGUGGACGGAAGUGGAAUCCGACGUUCUGGCAUCUACCGUCAUGCGGGACAGAUGCCUGAACGAUUUCGCCCGUAUGCCCCACUUCUCACAGCCUCUCGACGAAGGUCUCCAGUACUACACAAUUGGGAUGGACCGCAUAAUCGACCUCACCAAGGGCUGGUACCCUGAAACAAGCCCGUUUCCACUCGCGUUUGGAAAGCUUUCCUUGGAACAACUGUCCAAUCUCUCAUUCCUCUUCGGAGGAGUAGGAGAUGGGCGUCAUGCACUCGGCACGCUUGUAGGGCUAUCCCAAGCGUUCAAGAAACUCCCCUCCGCCCGCCAGUCGGUCUUCCAUACACAUCUCACUCUGCUGGACAUCCAACCCGCGACAAUCGCCCGCAACCUCUGCAUGUUCAUGCUCCUGCACGAGCUGAACGAGACGACGGAUGCCGUAGCCCGCCUGGAGAUCAAAGCGACGCUCAUGUACUCGUUCCUCGCGGUUGUCAUGCCCGGAUACUGUUACAACCGCUUCAAGAUUCUGGCGUGGGAUCUGCAAGAGCGCCUGUCCGACACACCCCCGCGCCUCCCGUCUUUACUACACGUUGACGCCGAGUCGAUUCCUCCUUUGAAGGCGGCACUCGCGUACUGGCUCACCGCGCAGAAGAUGACUUCCCGCGUCCUCGCUGUACACGCGCACACCGACCCCCUGGGCCAACAGGAAGCGGCAGAUCUCUGGCUCGGCGGCGGGCACGGGCGGCACCACCAGGACUACCUCGCCGGCCUGUCGGAGAAGACCAGGAUGUACGAGAUGGCGCUGCGGACGCUGCCCGUGUCGACGCUUAUGGACAUGCCCCACAUGCCCGCCGGGGUGUCUGAGCGCCAGGCGCGCGCGCACGUGGAGGCGAACAUGGCGAUGUAUGUGGACAUCCUGCGGAAUGAGAUGAGCGGGCAUACUGGGCGCCGCGAGGCGCAGUGGUAUAAGGCGACGAAGGUCUUCAUUCCGCCUGUGGCUCUGCGGAAGCGACACCCUGGUUUCGAUGCGGCUUGGCGUCAGCUGAAAGCUUCGGGCGCUAUAGAUCAAGCAACUCGACUUCAGAUCCUGGAACACGUUAACAGCGACUGGAAGGCCAACAUCACGUUCUACAACGCUCGGUACAACAACCCGAAAUACGAGCCAAGCGGGAACGGAUAUCGGAAAAUGGAGUUCGGAAUGUUCGACAACGUUGACUUCAUGGCCGAAUUCAGUCGCAAGGGCAAGUCGAGCACUGGGGAUCCGGACAUCCUCACGUGGGACGUAGCGAGUACGUUCUUCGACCAGGUCGCGGACGCGCUGCGCGUCCUGAGCGGUCGCGUCACGAUUGAGCUCAUCAGCGGCGGCCUCUCGGAGGUGCUCGCCAAAUCCACUUUUGGGAACAAUCCUGGCCGUCCGGAUGUGUUCCCGAAGAAGUUUAUGAGGAUGUGGCACAGCAACGUUCCUGACUAUACGCAUGGUAUUAUUAACUUAGCCAUCUACGUGACGCCGAGCCUCGAGAACGAUGCGCAAGCGGGAGCGGCGUGUAACUGCCUGGUGAACAAGGGCGUGUGGGGGAGCGAUGAGGACUACUUCACUACCUAUUCCCUCCUACUUCCCAAGGACGUGCCGCGGGUCUUAGGAUGCAGUGUCAUUCGCUCCGACGUCGUCAGGGACAUCCUCGUUCUCGGCUCCAUGCCUCUGCCACGCCCCCUCGACGAGCUCGCCACGCGCGACGAGCUCACGACGUGGCUGACACAAGUCCUCUUCAACACCUUCAUCUCCGGCCGCGCGAAGCAUCCACCAUACGCCGUGCGCCUCCCACACAACCUUGUUGCGUUCUUCGCGCUCCUGCUGCACCUCCACCGUGUCGGCUUCCCGGGACACUGGCUCUCCGAGUUCCUCGCGCGCGUCCUCAGCGGAAGUAUGGUGUCCGACAUCGAGCCCUACACCGACCUCUGGCCCAUCCCCGAGGGGUACCUCCGCCGGCGUGUUCCCUGGCGGAGCAUCAGAACGGACCCGUGGCUCGUCGAGUUCGAGACGAUCAUUGCGUCUGCGUACUACGCCAUCCCGUUCCCGGUCGCGAGUGCGCUGCCCGCCGGGUUCUCCCGCGACCCGGACGACGUGCACGUGUGGGAGGCGGCGGUGUCCCCGACGCUGCCGUUCACGACGUCGUUCAUGGGCGUCGACUCGCCGUUCGAGCCGGUCACGCGCUUGCUGUUCUACGACCCGGCCGCGGGGACGGCGCGUGCGAUCAUCCGCGGGUUGCGGCAGACGUUCGAGGGCCGCGCGGGCUCGCAUGCUCCCUGGACGUUCUUCGUGCUCACCGCGCAGGAGGACGUCGACUAUCAGGUGCGCGUGAGCUUCAGGCUGAGCAAGAAGCGUAUGGAGAAGAUUCAGGAGAAGUGGAAGAUGGUAGUGUAUCGCGAUGAUACAGGAGAGGAAGCGACCCAACCCAUCUUCGUCAGAAGCUGCAGAAGACGAACUGUAGGAUUGGAAGACGACGUUGAUUAAGUGCUGCUACUAUGAUACUGUCAUCUUUCGUCCUCCCUUCCUGCGUCUGUCACCUGUCGCCAAAUGUUCGGGAUUCAUCGUGUUAAGAUGGUUGCAAAGUUCAAAUGUGGCAAUAUGUCGCCUCCUCUUCGGCAGUAUCCAUUUAUCUCGAUACCCGUGUGACUCCAGAGACCCCAGUGGAAUAUAGUAGCGUCGUGACUAUGGUGAACCUAAAACGGGGAACAAAAC